AUGAUUCCAUUGUGGAUGGUCACUUCAUGCACAAAAAAAUAUGCAGUCACUGAUUCACCUGAGGCCCCACCGGUUAUAGCAAACUCCCAUGAAAGUCAGUAUCUUAAGCAUAUUCAGUAUGCGAUGGCAUUUGGAGGCCUGGCCGUUCAUGUAUUUUCAGAUGUUAGCUUCUUUUUUGAAGUUACAACCAACUCAUUCUUUGAAAAAGCUAUUUCUUUGAAAGAUAUAAUAUUGUCUAAUGUACUCUUACUUGCUCUUAUUACAUUAUUGCAGUUUCUGCGUGCAGCAGGAGUCAAUUUGUUGAAACAAAAAGAUACAUGGAUUUUGUUAGCCCUUAGUCUCAAGCCAAGAAAAGAUCAUUUUCCGGGUUGGAAAUAUUCGGAUGGCCCUUUACUCAAUCCUCUUGGUUUGGCAAAAGAUAUAAAGAAUGGUCAGGAUUCCAAGCUCAAGGAGAUUAAAAAUGGUGAGGUGGCCAUGCUUGGCUUCUCUGUGCAAGUUUCAGCAACUCAUGUUGGGCAAGUUGAAAAGCUUUUGGAGCACCUCUCUGAUCCAUGGCAGAAAACUAUUUUUCAAACCUUAGCUAACUCUAGCUCUUGA